UAACGGAGACACCGCAGACGCAAAUUGAGAGAGGGAGGAGAAUGGACAAGGGAUAGGCUAUACGUAACUAAAACCUCAGUUGUAGCAGCGAGGAUAAUCUACAACCUCCAGUAACAUCAAUAUGCAGGACCAGGCCUGAUAAGAGAAUAGCCUAUGGAUUAAAUACCACAUUUGGUUGACCAUUUUUUAUCAGCGGCAAUCAGUUUUUCGACGCUGUGUCCCUUGAUACAUUGUCGCAGCAGUUUCUAUUUUCAAGCAAUCAUUUUAGAAAGAAUUUGCGCUACGACGACUGAUCGCAACUCAGAUCCUACAAUUUAAACAUAAAUAAACGUUAUAGGCUAUUAUUUUGGCCACGAGCUGCAUCCACUCUUGUGGCAAUGUCGAAAACCCGGUGAGUAUAACCGUGGCUUGUAGUGGAGUUCUCUGUGGCUUCCGUAGCUACAGUACUGCCUGGUUUGAGACCUCUUUCCUGCGAUGUUCACACAAAUACAACUGAUUAACUUUGCAUGACCACGUUAUUGAAGGGGGACGCACGAACGAUAAUUGUAAUGGUUUCCUGAUAAUCAGACUGUUCUACCCAGACCAUAGCCACAAUUCUAAACCAAUAAAAUAAAAAGUGAGUGGGUUUACCAGGAGAGGAGACGAAUACGGCUUUACUGCAGCACAGCAACACAGUGAUCAUGUCUUCAAGGGAGCGUCGGUCAGACCUGUACAUCAAGGCAGAGCCCAGCAGUCCAGAGGGAGGUGGAGGAGGCCGGGCCAGCCCAGGGGGAGCCUCCUCAGACUCCUCCCAGAGUGGUGGAGGUGGGACAAGAGGAGACGGGGUUGGGCGCUACUCACCCCCUCUGUACACACCGGCCCUGCGGUGCCACUUCAAGGAGGAGGGUGGUGAUGGGGCGGAGGAGGGAUCCACAGGUAGCGGAGGAGGGCGGUGCAAGUAUGCCCUGAGCACACUUCCCAAGAGACUGUGUUUAGUGUGUGGAGAUGUAGGAUCUGGCUACCACUACGGUGUAGCCUCGUGUGAAGCCUGCAAGGCCUUCUUCAAGAGAACCAUCCAGGGUAACAUUGAAUAUAGCUGUCCGGCGUCAAACGAAUGUGAGAUCACCAAGAGGCGCAGAAAGGCUUGCCAGGCGUGCCGCUUCACCAAGUGCCUUAAAGUAGGCAUGCUAAAAGAGGGAGUCCGUCUGGACCGGGUCAGAGGAGGGAGACAGAAGUAUAAAAGGCGUCCAGAGGUGGAGAAUGCGACCUACCAGAGUACCCCUCUACCGCUUAGGAAGGAAGGGGAAAAAGGCUCCUCCAACAUCAUCGUGUCCCACCUCCUGGUGGCAGAGCCAGAGAAACUGUUUGCCAUGCCUGACCCCCUGCAGCCUGAUACGGCUCAGCGCACACUCACCACCCUCUGUGACCUCGCCGACCGCGAACUGGUCGUCAUCAUCGGCUGGGCCAAACACAUCCCCGGCUUCCUGUCGCUGUCGCUGGCAGACCAGAUGUCGGUGCUGCAGUCCGUAUGGUUGGAGGUGCUGGUGCUGGGUGUGGCCUUCCGCUCCCUGGGCUGUGAGGAUGAGGUAGUGUUCGCUGAGGACUUUGUCCUUGACGAGGAGAUGUCCCGCGUGGCUGGACUGACAGAGCUCAACGCAGCCAUCAGCCAGCUGGCCCGACGCUUCCGCUCCCUGCAGCUGGACCGGGAGGAGUUUGUCAUGCUCAAAGCCAUCGCACUCACCAACUCCGACUCUGUGUACAUAGAGGACAUGGAGGCGGUGCAGAAGCUGAGGGACCUCCUCCACCAGACCCUGUUGGAGAUGGAGUGCCAGCGACAUCCCGAGGACCCCCAGCGGGUGGGGCGCCUCCUCCUCACCCUCCCCCUCCUCCGCCAGACAGCUGGUCGCGCCCUCACCACCUUCUACAGCAUCAAGACCCGAGGCGGCGUGCCCAUGCACAAACUCUUCCUAGAGAUGCUGGAAGCCAUGAUGGACUCGCCCUAGAGAGAAGGGAGGAUGAGGAGAAGCCAAGGAGAGCGGAUGCAAGGGCACGAUGAGAGACGGGCAAUCUGCAGAGUGAAUGGCUGGCUGCUGUGAACGGAGAGGUUUGUCUUAGAUUUUGACCAUGAAGAAUGUGGAGAUAAUCUCUGGCCUCUUCAGAGAUUCAAAAUGGUGUUAAAAAAAUGGAGAAAACAUGUAUACAUGUUGUAGAUGCCCUCAGUGGAGGUUGAUGGUGGAGUUUAACUCCUUAAUACCUGACUGCCAAACUUCAUUGAAAGAGUCCAAGACAUAGUCAGUUUGAUUGUCAGAAUCAUAUUAGAUUUCCAGUAUCACUAAGGUUUUUCAUUUGUAGCACUGGGCACAGACGUCAAUUCAAUGUCUAUUCCAUGUUGGUUCAAUGUAAUUUCAACCAGUGUGUGUGCCCAGUGGGUAAGCUUCACAUCAUAAACUACUGAAGGACUGCAGUUAGAUAUCUAAGACCAGACUGUAACCUUGUGGCUGAGUCUUGAUUGUGAAAAAUGCAAUAUCUCCCUCCACACAAAAGCCAUACUAAAAUACCAGGCAAAGAAACAACCAUUUACAAAGACUGCAGUAUAGGGUCAGACCAACAUGCACCCAUAAGAGUAGUAGGUUAGUCUACAUACACAGACGCACAGUCUUACAAUUUACUCAUAGGAAUUACUUGCAAUAUUUUUAAAGCAAUACAAUACUUUACAUACAAAAAAGUUGCAGACAAAAUAAAAUAAUAGUGGUAACUGGUUAGGCAAUGACUGGCUAUACGUAUAGGCCUAGGUGGCAGGGUGGGUGUGGAAAAACAGCUUAUAAAAGGCUGUGCAAAUGGUUAUUAGUCCAAGAAAAGGGAAUAUGAUGAUUGUCAACAAAGUGUUGAAGUGUCGCUGUACUUGGAAGUUGUUUGAUUUUAUUUAUACUGUAAGUAGUCCCAAUAGGCAUACAAAAAAAUGAAUUAUGCGCAAGCCUUUGUGUGAGUGUAUGUGAGAGAGAGAAGGUGCGCUGUCAUUUUGCAGUGUUGGCACCACACUGAAGCGGCAAGAUCAGGGGAAAAAGCAACUGUUCUACUUUCUUGGUCAGCCUGGCCAUAACAGAGUGAAUAAAGAAGAUUGGGUCAGAGGGGAACUACAAUGGCUCCUGAGCAUGUUUUCAUUGGAUGCUUGAUUCUCCAGAUCUCUUCACUGGUCCUCUCCAACCCCUCUGAUUCAGAUGGAAUGUGCUGUUUAAAACCAUUAGUUUGAUUAACUGACUGCCAUUAUUAGUGAUCAAAUCGGUUUGGGGCUAAAAUUAGGAAUUUAAACAGUUUUUUAUAUAUAUAUAUAUAUAUAUAUAUAUGAGGUGUCGUUUCAGCGGAACAGUUUGCUUCUCCUCUUGCAGCCGCUGAAAGACUGAAGAAAGGGACUUCUGUUGUUUUGACCUGGAGGUCUUCGUACUGUGUAUGACCUUUGAACUGCAAGCCUAAUAGUGCCCAAAUGGGGUUUAGAGCAACAUGAAAUGCAACACAUUCAGCCUCAUAUGGGAAUCUACAGCCACUCUGACUGAGACCCUCCUUUUAAUCCUUCUCAUAGUUUCUAUUUGUCUGUUUACUCUGUUUUAUGGGCUUGAUUGGUGAUAUACAUGUAUCUAUUCAGAGCUCUUACAGUUUCUGUAAGCUACAGUGUCUGUAAGCUACCAGAAAUGGCAAAAUGUAAAGGGCCUGGACUGUUGGUCUUUUGGCCACUUGUUGAGGAAGAAUUUGAUUGUAAAUCAAUCAGAGCAGCAAAAUGCUAAUUCAGUCUACAAUGUCAUAACAUUUCUAGUAAUACAGCACCCAACAUGUAUGAUGUAGACUCUAAACCAUACAUGUUGGGUGCUGUAUUACUAGAAAUAAGUUAUGACUGUGUAUUUUCACUGUUGAGAACUUUAGCGCAUGGCAAAAAAGCCCAUGAGAGCUGAAUCCAGUAAAUGUGGUAGUCCCUGACAUGAAUGAUGGGAUAGAUUCAACUAAUUGCCACUGUUAAUUGAAAUUCAUACUUGAGUAUCUGUUUUUUUCUACAGGAUUUUAAUCUUGAGUUUAGAUUGUUACGCUUGGAAAGUUUGGUACUAAAAUAAGACUGUUAAACUCUGAAAGUUUGGUACUGAAAUACCUGAAUAAGGCAAUCCAUUGUGAAUGUUAUGUGUUUCAAAUUCAUUACUGAAAUAGAUUUUUUCUUCUGAUAAUGCAUUGAAGAAAACCCAUUUUCUUUAGUAUGUUAAUUCAACCAUGUUGAAUUAACAUACUCUCCUCUCAAUUACCCCACCUAGUUGUGAGAGGAGAUUUUGCAGUCUGGAAACUCCCAAACAAAUGUUCGAGAUUUAGUUCUGUUCUUCGUGGCUGUGGAUGUUUCUUCGUGGCUGUGGAUGUUUGCGUUUGAUGACCAUUUGUGGCUCCAUUAUUGUAAUUCAGGUUUUUAAAUUAAAAAGUAACACCAGGCGACAAUUGUUUCAACUGUACUAUAUCUUGCUGUCUGAUUUGUUAUGUGUUCUAUCAUAAUUUUUGUAUUUUGUUUCUCAAAGACUGAAUAAAAAAAAAAAAAUGUGUACAGUUUAAUAAAGUUCAUGUUUGUGUCAAUAUUAACUCUAAUAUAAUAAUACAAAGGUAGUGUUUUCAUAGAGAUACGAAAUAUGUAAUGCCACUUUGUCUGUCAUAUAUAGGUAUGGUUGGUGGGGGGGAUUUAGACUAUCACAAUGUAGAGGAUGUAAAGUCAUUGCUAGUUGUUAGUAUGUUUGUGUACAUUGACGUAAAUGAGCAAUACAAGAAAUUACCAAAACUCAGUUUCACAUUUCCUUGUAUAGUCACAUAAUGUAAAUUAAACAUCAACAGUAAUAAAAAUAAUUAAUAGUAGUACUAAAGCUUAUAAUAUGGAAAAAUUCUAAUCAAUAUUUGUAUUUAAAAAAAAUACUGUAUUUAAAAUAUUAAAUUCUAUUUUUCACUCAAUUUGCUGAUGUUUGUUGAUACUCGUUUAAUUUUUUUGUGUGGGUUUAAGUCUAAUGGCUGUGAAUGUCUGUGUUUGUAUUGUUUUUCAGUAAGCUACAAUGGUUAAUUUGAUGUGACUGUCUAAACAAAAUGUUCAUAAUUAAAUCACUGUGAAGACAAAUGCUACACUGCAGGAAACAAGGGGUCAAUAUAAAUAUUGUAGGUGCUUUGUGUUUUGUAAUAAAUUAGCAGACACCAUCACAUAUCA